GAGGCGGCGACUGAUCGCGAACCGCCUCCCGGGCGCUCAGAGCGGCCUUGGAUUGGACACCGGAAGCGCCUGCCCUUUUAUGGUCAGGGUCCAGACCCCGACUCUGCGUGCCGGGGAUGGCUGCGACGGUGACCCUGGAACCCGCGGGCCGUUGCUGCUGGGACGAGCCAGUGCGCAUCGCUGUGCGCGGCCUGGCUCCGGGGCAGCGGGUCACGCUGCGCGCGUCCCUGCGCGACGAGAAGGGCGCGCUCUUCAGGGCCCACGCGCGCUACUGCGCCGACGCCGACGGCCAGCUGGACCUGGCGCGCGCGCCCGCGCUGGGCGGCAGCUUCGUGGGGCUCGAGCCCAUGGGGCUCCUCUGGGCUCUGGAGCCCGAAAAGCCUUUUUGGCGGUUUGUGAAGCGGGACGUGCAGACGCCUUUCGCCGUGGAGCUGGAGGUGUUCGACGGCCACGAGCCCGAGGCAGAGCGACUCCUGGGCCGGGCUGUGCACGAGCGCGACUUCCUGCCGCCCGGGGUUCGGCGCGAGCCGGUGCGCGCGGGCCGGGUGCGCGCCACGCUUUUCCUGCCUCCAGGACCCGGACCUUUCCCAGGGAUCAUUGACAUCUUUGGUUUGGGAGGAGGCCUGUUGGAAUAUCGGGCCAGCCUUCUAGCUGGCCAUGGCUUUGCUACCUUGGCACUAGCUUAUUAUGACUUUGAAGAUCUCCCCAAGAAAUUUGACGCCAUACAUCUGGACUACUUUGAAGAAGCCCUGUGCUACAUGCUUCAACACACCCAGGUAAAGGGCCCAGGCAUUGGGCUUCUGGGAAUUUCUUUAGGGGCUGAUAUUUGUCUCUCCAUGGCCUCAUUUUUGAAGAACGUCUCAGCCACAGUUUCCAUCAAUGGAUCUGGAUUUAAUGGAAACAAACCCAUAUACUACAAGGAGACUAGCAUCCCACCAUUGGGCCAUGACCUGAGGAGAGUGAAGGUAGCUUUCUCAGGCCUCCUGGACAUUGUGGAUAUAAGGAAUGAUAUUGUGGGGGGAUGUGAGAACCCCUGCAUGAUUCCAAUAGAGAAGGCCCAGGGGCCCAUCCUCUUCAUUGUUGGUCAGGAUGACCAUAACUGGAAGAGUGAGUUAUAUGCCCAGAUAGCCUCAGAACGGUUACAGGCCCAUGGAAAGGGAAAAGCCCAGAUCAUCUCUUACCCUGGGACUGGGCAUUACAUUGAGCCUCCUUACUUCCCCAUGUGUCCAGCUUCCCUGCACAGAUUACUGGACAAACCGGUGAUCUGGGGUGGGGAACCCAGAGCUCACUCUAAGGCCCAGAUAGAUGCUUGGAAGCAAAUUCUAACCUUCUUCUCCAAACACCUUGGAGCUUCCCCCAAAUUGUAAUGCAUUGGUCUGUUAUUUGACAAGAGAGAUUCAAGAUCAGAUUUUAGUGUUUAAUAUUUUUUCUGUGAAUCAACUAUCCUCUGGGUAACAUUAAACUCUUGUCAUUGGUCCAUCGUUAAAAAGUCUACAAAUAAAAAAUGCUAGAGAGUGUAUGAAGAAAAGAGAACUCUCUUACAUCAUUGGUGGGAAUGUAAACUGGCACAGCCUCUACGAAAAACAGUAUGGCAGUUCCUCAAAAACUAAAAAAAGAGUUUCCAUAUGCUCUAGGACUCCAAUUUCUAGAUAUACGCCCAGACGAAACUAUCAUUCAAAAAGAUACAUGCACCCCUAUGUUCACAGCAGCACUAUUUACAACAGCCAAGACAUGGAAACAACCUAAAUGUCCCUUGACAUAUAAAUGGAUAUAGAAGUUGGAGUGUGUGUGUGUGUGUAAUAUACACACAAUGGACUGUUAUAAAAGAGAAUGAAAUAAAGUCAUUUGCAGGAACA